AUGGACACCGAGAAGGCAAAACUGACGGUGGAUCAAAUCCUGAACCAUGUAUUGAUUAUGGAUAAGUGGACCUGUAGUGGCUGUGGCAUUGAAUUGCAGUACAAGAAGCCGAAAGAGGUCGGGUAUUUCCCCAAACAGCUAUUACACAACGUACACGAUCUGAAGGACCUCAAACGGCUGUGCUGUGAGCGUUGCUUCCAGAUGACUCAGUAUGGCAAGAUCUCGGACACCAAGAUGCCAUAUCAGGAGUACGAGAAGCGUGUUAUGGAGCUCCGGAGCAAGGACAUGCUCAUGAUUCAACUGGUGGACAUUCUAGACAUCUCUGGAAGUUUGCUACCAAAAUCACGACACAUUUUUGGAAAGAAGCCGGUGAUGCUGGUAGUGAACAAAGGAGACUUGGUGCCUACCAAGUCGGGUAUUCGUCGACUGAUGAGGAGGAUUAAACAAGAGGCCAAAGAAGCAAGGAUUGAGAAUUUGAUCUCUAUCUAUUUGAUCAGUGCUAUGAAGCGGAUUGGAAUGAAGGAAGUUGUGGAGGAUGUGGCCAAGUAUCGUGAGGGUCGCGAUAUUUGUGUUGUGGGCGCUGCCAAUGUGGGCAAGUCGACGUUCCUGAACUCAUUCUUGUCGCAUCUAGUGGACCGCAAGUGGCAACACAACCAUCGCAAGUACAUGAAGAUGACUGAGGUUUCUUUGUCCGAGUUGGAAAAUGUGGAGACGGCGAUAAUGCUUAAUCAUGACGAGGAUUUGACGGAGGAAACAAAGGCUGAAAAGGAGAAUAGAGCGUUUGCGGAAGAUAAAACUACCGUCGUGACUCCACAUGGGGAGCUUUUAGGCAAGGAACUAGAAAUGAUCGAGACGAGUGCGGAGGAAGAGCGGAAAAUGACCACGUCGCCGCUUCCCGGCACGACCCUGGCCGUCCAGUACUUACCCGUUAUGGUGCACAAUGAGGUUUUCAAUAUUCUGGAUACACCUGGUUUGAUCAUAGACACGAAGCGACAGGAGCUUAUCGAAGUGCUUGCGAUGGACGGUGCUGCUAAAUUGAAUAACGUGUUUCCGUCCAAGCAGUUACCGGUAACAACUUAUCGUGUGCGUUCAGGUCGCACUUUGUUCCUCGGUGCUCUUGCACGCUUCGAUUAUGAAAUUAUUGGAAACGACAACAACAAGAAUAUGCUGCUGCUAUCCUGGUAUGGUGUUCUACCUGGCCAUCUCACAAGCACUGAACGUGCCGAAGACACAUUCAUUAAGCACGCUGGUGGUAUCCUUUCACCUCCUCGUGGCCUUGACGCCAUGAGUUUCACUGGCCCACUCACACUAUCGAGGAAUGUGUACUUGAAGGACUACGCACUUGAAAGUGCGCUCACCAAGUCUAAACACAAGAAACCUAAGCGCACGACUGUCGUUGAGUUGGAGCUGCCAGGCUUCGGGUGGCUCUCUGUUACCGCCGUGGACCUUGAUGGUACUGCAGCAUCGCAAACGACGCUGAGCCACGCUAAAAUCUCCGUCCACACAUGCCGUGGACUCUCGGUCGUCCCGCGUGCACCACUCUUCCCAUAUGAGAUGUCGGACUCGAAGAGCACAACGUGGAAACGCUAA